UGAGCUAGAGCUCAAGCCGAGCAUGGCCCAGGCCGUGAUUGGAGCGAUGGGCACCCUCCUGCCCAAGCUAGCCGACCUAAUAACCAAGGAGUACAACCUUCAGAGGGGUGUCAGGGGCGAGAUCAUGUUCCUCAAAGCCGAGAUGGAGAGCAUGGAGACAGCUCUCCUCAGGAUUUCUGAGGCGCCAAUCGACGAGCCACCGGACAUCCAAGUCAAGCUUUGGGCCAAGGCUGUGAGAGACUUGUCAUACGAUCUGGAAGAUAGCAUCGACAAGUUCAUGGUGCGCAUUGAAACUCAUGGCCGACCAGAGAAGUCCCAUGGUUUCAGGGAUUUCAUUGAUAAGAGCCUCAGCCUGCUGACCAAGGGCAAGAUUCGCCACAAGAUCGGCAUUGAUAUCAAAGACAUCAAGAGCCGCAUCAACGAGGUCAGCGAGUGGCGUGAUAGGUACAAGGUUGACGGUGUGGCCGCUGCCAAGCCCGUUGGUCCAACUACUGAUACCCUUCGCCUAUCAGCCUUGUAUAGAAAGGCCACGGAGCUCGUUGGGACUGACGAGAAGAGCGUUGAGGUAAUCAAGAUGCUGACUGAGGGAGACGAGGUUUCCAAGAAACAGCUGAAGGUGGUCUCUAUUGUUGGAUUUGGUGGAUUAGGCAAGACCACCCUUGCUAAUGCAGUCUAUGAGAAGCUGAAAGUGCAAGAAGAUAAUCAAGAACUGCAAUUCGAUUGUUCAGCUUUUAUUUCCGUGUCUCUUAAUCCUAACAUGGAGCAGAUUUUCAAGAGCUUGCUCCAUCAACUUGACAAGCAUAGGAUCCAGAACACCAAUGAGGCAUUGUGGGGCGAAGAACAACUCAUCCGUGAAAUAAGAACAUUUCUUGAAAACAAGAGGUACUUGAUUGUUAUUGAUGACGUAUGGGAUAAGUCCGUCUGGGAAAACAUCAAAUAUGCGUUGAUUGACAAUGAAUAUGAAAGUAGAGUAAUCACAACAACUCGCAUCCUUGAUGUUGCCCAGCAAGCUGGUGGUGUCUAUCGGCUGAAUCCCCUUUCUGUUGUGGACUCAAGAAAGUUGUUCUAUUAUAGAAUAUAUGAUAUGGAGAACAAGUCACCACCUAGUCAAUUGGUUGAAGUAUCUGAGAACAUUUUAAAAAGAUGUGGGGGUGUGCCGCUAGCUAUCCUUACAAUAGGUAGCUUGCUGUGCAACAAAAAGGGAAGAGCACAUACACUUGAGUAUUGGUCCAAGGUGCAGAAAUCUAUCAGUUCAGGGCUAGACAAUAAUCAUAAUGAUGUGAAGAACAUGAGAAGGAUAUUAUCAGUCAGUUACUCUAACCUACCUCCACACCUAAAGACUUGUUUACUGCAUCUUAGUCUAUACCCAGAGGAUUAUAAGAUUGCAACAGAACAACUGAUAUGGAAAUGGGUGGGUGAAGGUUUUGUGAAAAAAGAACAGGGGAGGAGCUUGUAUGAAGUAGGAGGGGAUUAUUUGGAUGAGCUCAUUAAUAAAAGUUUGGUCCAACCUGUAAAAUUUGACAAUGCAAAUAAAGUGCGCUCCUGUCGUGUGCACGAUAUGGUGCGUGACCUCAUCAUUUCCUUGUCAAAUGAGGAAAAUUUCCUAACAACAAUAGGUGGUCCGCAAUCAGAGUAUCUACCAAGUAAGAUCCGCCGACUGUCCAUCCAGCCCUGCAUUCAAGAAGUAGCUAAUCAGUUGUCAACCAUGGGCUUGGCCCAUGUGAGGUCACUUAGUGUGUCUAGUCCAGCUUUUAGUUUAUUGCCAACACUGUCGGGUUUUCCAGUCCUAUGUGUGUUGGACUUAACUGACUGCUGGCAGGUGGAUAAUAAUAGUUGGAAGGAUAUCUGCAAUUUGUUUCACCUGAGAUAUUUGAGUUUAAAGGGAACUUGUAUCACUCGGAUCCCGAAAGAGAUUGGAAAUCUGCAAUUUCUGCAAGUGCUGGAUAUCAGGUGCACUGAAAUAGAAGAAGAGCUGCCGUCAACCUUUAUUCAACUAACACAAUUGUUGUUAUUCUGCAUGCCUGAUAGCAUCUAUUGUGCAGUGCCUAGG